AUGGCUACCGAAACCGCUCCUGUCAAUGGCCUCUACGGCACCUCUCAGUACACCCAGCCAGCCGAGCUUGCUGCUUCUACUCCCUCCGUACCCACUCACGCGACCUCGGCCUCACAGAGUACGACCGCCUCAGCUACUACCCAACAACAGAAGGCCGACCCUCAAGAAAUUGGCUGGUACUUUGUUGAGCAAUACUAUACUACUCUGUCCAAGACUCCAGAGAAGAUCCACCUGUUCUACUCCAAGAAGUCUCAGCUGGUCUCUGGUGUCGAGGCUGAGAAGGUCGUUCCUGCCGUUGGCACGAAGGCCAUCAGCGAGAAGAUCAAGUCCCUUGACUUCCAAGACUGCAAAGUCCGCGUUCUCAAUGUCGACUCACAAGCUUCGUUCAACAAUAUCGUUGUUCAGGUUAUCGGGGAGAUGUCCAACAAAUCUGAGCCGCAUCACAAGUUCGUCCAGACCUUCGUCCUUGCCGAGCAACCGAACGGCUACUUCGUCUUGAACGACAUUUUCCGUUACCUCAGCGACGAUGUGGACGAGAUUGUCGAAGAUGAACAACCUCAGACAGAAGUCCCUGCGGAAGAAGUCCCUACCCCUGCCGAGGGUCUACAAGACGCCCAGCCCCAUACCGAGGAUCAAGUUGUCACCGAGAACGCAGCCGACGAGGUCGAUGAGAAGCUUGAAGAGCAGACGGAGGCUCCACAAGAUAUUGCUGCCGAUACCAACGGUGAUGAUGCCUCGAAACCAAUUGAAGAGCCCGUCGACGCUCCGGAAAGAGCGCCCAAAGAGGAUGUGUUGGCAACAGAGACGCCUGAGCCUGCUGCAUCUGAGCAAACUGCCGAGCCUGAAGCGACCCCGGCUCCGGCCGAAUCUACUGCUGAAGCUGCUGCACCUGCACCAACUGCAGCAGCAGCUCCAGAGGCGCCAGCGGCGAAGAAGACUUGGGCAAGCAUGCUUGGAGGAGGAAGUGGUGCCGGUGGUGUCCAGAAGCCCGCCGUUCCCGCACUCCCAAUCUCGACCCCAGCACAACCGAAAGCUCCUCGACCUGCGCAACCUGCACAAGCUCCCAAGGCUCCAACUGAACCGGCAUCAGCAGCCACCCCACCCACAGCCAGCACGCCCACUUCGCAAAGCAACGGCUGGCAGACGGCUGAGCACAGCAAGAAAAGCAAUCGACCGCAAAACAAAGCCGCCUCUGAUGGAAUCACUCUUGCGUACAUCAGGAAUGUGAAUGAGAAGGUCGACGCUAGGAUCCUUAGAGAGGUUCUAGAGAGCUUCGGCGAGCUCAAGUACUACGAUGUGUCCCGACCUAGGAGCUGCGCCUUUGUCGAAUUUUCUGACCCUGCUGGAUACGCAGCGGCCGUUGCUGCCAAUCCCCACACUGUCGGCACCGAGACAAUCUAUGUCGAGGAAAGACGGCCUCGUCCUAAUGCCUACGGCGGCAGCAAUGCUAACUACACCCGUGGCGGCGGCCCAGCCAGUCGCGGCGGUCGUGGAGCGAUUCAAGGCGGCAGUCGGUCCGGGAGCCAGACUAAUUUCCCCAAGGACGCUGGACGCGGCGGCAAUGUCCAGCACCAGAGAGGUGGCAAGCCUGGCACUGGCACUAUCACCCCCAAGGGUCGCGGCCAGGGUCAGACCGUGUGA